CACCACCUAGCUCCAGGACGGACACAGACGAUCUCUGCAGAGCUCCCUCUUCAGACAACACCCAGUCAUUACUCAGCUCAAGACACAAUCAGGCAAUCAGCGGCAGCGAGAGAUGACCUUCAGCCUCUCGGCGUCAAUGGAGGAGAGCCGGGAGUAUAUGAUCCGAUUCGACUGCCACUUCGAGGACCCGAGCUCCGCGAGCGCCGAGCCACCGCUGCCGUUCGCCGGCAGGGUUUUCUCGCCAGAGCAGGAGCAGAGCGCCAUGGUCGCCGCGCUGCUGCACGUCGUCUCCGGGUACACCACGCCGGCGCCGGACCUCUUCUUCCCUGCGAGCAAGGAGGCGUGCACAGCGUGCGGGAUGGACGGGUGCCUCGGGUGCGAGUUCUUCGGCGCGGAGGCCGGGCGCGCGGCCGCGGCAUCGGACGCGCCGAGAGCGGCGACGGCUGGCGGGCCGCAGAGGAGGCGGAGGAACAAGAAGAACCAGUACCGCGGCGUCAGGCAGCGGCCGUGGGGCAAGUGGGCGGCGGAGAUCCGCGACCCGCGCCGCGCCGUGCGGGUGUGGCUCGGGACCUUCGACACGGCCGAGGACGCCGCCAGGGCCUACGACCGCGCGGCCGUCGAGUUCCGCGGCCCGCGCGCCAAGCUCAACUUCCCCUUCCCCGAGCAGCAGCAGCAGCAGCAGCUAGGCGGCGGCGGCAAUGCCGCGGCCAGGUCAGACGCGUGCUCGCCCUCGCCUUCGCCACGCAGCGCGGACGAGGAGGAAACAGGGGACCUGCUCUGGGACGGCUUGGUGGACCUGAUGAAGCUGGACGAGAGCGACCUCUGCUUACUGCUCCCGGUCGACAACACCUUGGACAGAGACGAUUGGGUGCCUAUUUGUAGUGCUAGACAAAUGCUACCUAGCAGUUAGACUACUGUCAGUGUGCAGCAGAUCAAUCAACACACAUGUACGACGCUCCUAGAUCCUGGUUAGCACGCGUCCUAACUUCGGUUGUAAAUAGCCACCCGAUCAAUGGAAAAGUUGUGUUUAACCGUA